CUUUUUCUGCUGGGAACUUUCUGUAAGUGAGUCAACACCGCACAGGGAGGACGCCACCCAGCCCUGCCGCUGGAUCUUAUGCUGGGCUUCUCUCUUCUCCUUCGAGGACGCAGGGCACAAAGACGAAUCCGCUUGGGUCGACAGGCUGGGGGUUUCGGUGUUUUCUGCUCCCACGCAGCGCCGGGGAUGGUUAUUGUCGCUUUGACGCGGCUUUUUCCUCUUUGGAAUUAACGCGGCGGAGGAAAAAAAGGGAAAGAAAUGAAAGUGACGGUGUGCUUCGGGAGGACCCGGGUGGUCGUUCCGUGUGGAGAUGGGAAUGUAAAAGUCCAGAGUCUUAUCGAACAAGCGGCCAUGAGGUACAAAAAGGCGAUCGCAAAGGACCCCAGCUACUGGGUUCAGGUGAACAGGUUGGAACAUGGCGAUGGUGGCAUUUUGGACCAGGAUGAUAUGCUGUGCGAUGUGGUGGAUGACAAAGACAGGCUGGUUGCAAUAUAUGAAGAGCAGGAUCCUCACAAUGGAGGGGACGGUACCAGUGCCAGUUCCACAGGUACACAAAGCCCAGAACCCUUCGCCAGUGAGAUGAAUUCAGCAUCAGCCUUCCAGCCCUACCAGGCCACUAGUGAGAUUGAAGUCACCCCAUCCGCUCUGCUAUCCAACAUGUCUCUCAAUGUCCGUCGCAGUAGUGAUCCCGCACUGGCUGGCUUUCCUCCAGGCGAGGCCCCAGUUGCUCCAGAAGAACCGUCCAGAAAAAAUCCAGCUCGGUGGUCCACAACUCCUAGUUUCCAGAAGCCCAACCAUAAACGAAACCCCAGCAAUGAAACGGGGAGCCUUGACCAAAAGGGCAGAGGAGCCCAUGCCUACCGUAGUCUUCCUCGUGAUGCGAGUGGCUGGUCCACUCAGUUCCAAAGAGAGAUGACUCGAUCUUCCCUUAGUGCCAACCAUCCAAUGGUAGAUCGAUGGCUCGAUCGACAAGAACAGGAGGAGGAGGAGGAUGAGGAAGAGGAGCAAAGGAGACACGAGAGGAGAAUUGAGCGGACGGAGCCAGUAGGAAGGGCCGAUUCCUCACUGGAACAUUCACCAGUGUUUCAUAUAGAAAGCAUGCUCAAGCCCGUCGAGGUGUCCAAUGAAGGUGGGCCCCUGGGGAUCCACGUAGUGCCUUUCAGUUCACAUGAUAUCAGGACACAGGGCUUGCUAGUGAAGCGUUUGGAGCCCGGAGGCAAAGCAGAGCAGGAGCGUCUCUUCCAGGAGAACGACUGCAUCGUCAGAAUUAAUCAGGGAGACAUUCGCAACCUGCGCUUUGAACAAGCACAGAACAUUUUCAAGCAGGCGAUGCGUUCCCCGGUUAUCCUUUUCCACGUGGUCCCUGCAGCCAUGAAGAAGCAAUAUGAGCUGCUGUCAGCACAGAAUGAGCUGAGCAGCCCACCUCAGCUGAACAGGGUUCGCUUCAGCCAGGAGUCUCAACAGCCAGCAGACAGGUCCAGUCUGACCGGGACGCUGACGCCCAGAUCAGGACAACAACCAGGCCUCAAUCACAACCACCAUGGCUCACUGGCAGGGAGCACCCCAGACUCGAGUAGACGCUUUGCCACUCCACCCCACGUUUUGAUCUCCAGGACCCCGUCAGCCCCUUCGCCCUCCCUGCAGCGCAGGAUAAGCACAAACGCCCCCAGCACCAUCUACCUAAAGAACAAAGGUCGCAGGUUCAACGUCCAACUGAAGAAAGGUCCAGAGGGUCUCGGAUUCAGCAUCACAUCCAGAGAUGUCCCGAUUGGCGGCAGUGCUCCAAUUUACGUUAAAAACAUCCUUCCUCAAGGCGCCGCCAUCCAAGACGGUCGACUUAAAGCUGGAGACCGGCUGCUGGAGGUUAGUGGGGUGGACCUAAAUGGUAAAAGCCAGGAAGAGGUGGUAGCCCUGCUCCGAGCUACACCCAUGGGUGGAACCGUGAACCUGUUGGUGAUUCGCCCAGAGGACUCCCUGCUGCCCCGAGAAGUGCAAGAGAAAGAUGACAUCGUGUUAACCCCUGACGGUACACAAGAGUUCAUGACCUUUGAGAUCCCUCUGAAUGACUCGGGUUCAGCAGGCUUGGGGGUAAGCGUCAAAGGAAACCGGUCCAAGGAGAACCACGCUGACUUGGGCAUCUUCGUCAAAUCCAUUAUUAAUGGAGGUGCUGCUAGCAAGGAUGGCCGUCUGCGUGUUAAUGACCAGCUUAUUGCAGUCAAUGGGGAGUCACUGCUUGAGAAGACAAAUCAGGAGGCCAUGGAAACGCUGCGCAAAUCAAUGUCUGUAGAGGGUAACAAGCGAGGGAUGAUCCAGCUCAUCGUGGCCCGGCGGGUGGCCAAGAGCAGUGAGGAAGUCCCUGGCAGCCCUUCAUUUUUGGAGCAUCCUCUUAACUCUAUUCUGGAGAGCCAUGAACGGCGGAUCUCCAACUCUCUCUAUGAAACCACUGAGGGCCCAGACAGCGUCUCCACUCCACGAGCUAAUACGAUCGGACGCAUUGGUCGCUUCCAGCUCUCUCCGACUGUGAACAUGCCACAGGACGACAUAGUAAUGAUCGAAGACGACAGGCCACCCCUGCUCCCUUCCCACCUAUCUGACCAGUCGUCAUCCAGCUCCCAUGAUGACAUGGGUUUUGUGGGAGAAAACCCAGUUCCCUGGAUUCAUGAGCUGCCCGGACAGAAUGAAUGUUCGCUCAGUCCGGACGCAGACCCUGACACUUCAUUCCAGAGGGAGGGGUUUGGUCGCCAGAGUAUGUCGGAAAAGCGCACGAAGCAGUACGAGAAUCCUGCACAGCUGGAGAUCAUCAAGUCUCGCAAGUCCAAGAGCAUGGACUUAGGUUCUGCAGAACAGCAGGUCGGGCCUUCACUGGGCCUGAAAAAAUCCAGCUCCUUGGAAAGCCUCCAGACGGCUGUUGCUGGGACAGUGCAGAAUGGUGAGAUCAAUGUUCGCAGGUCGCGCUCGAGGAUCGUCAGGAGCCGAGGCUGCAAUGAGAGUUUCCGCGCUGCGAUUGACAAAUCGUACGAGAAACCUGCUGUUACUGCGCCAGAAGAGGAGAACAGCGUGGACACAUUGGAUGAUGACACAAGCUCCCGAUCGGGUCAAGAGUCCAUGUCCACCAGCGGUGACCUCACUUUGGGCCCCGGGCUGAAUGGCAGAGACGACAGACAGAAAGAUCAGGAGAAGUCUGGGGUGAAGGAGAAGAAGAAGCCAGAAAGGGAGAAAGACAAAGACAAGGACAAGAAUAAAUCCAAGAAAGGCGUGCUGAAGGGCUUGUUCAGGUUUGGAAAGAACCGGAAGGACGAGCGGCUGGAUGACAAGAUGGAGAGGAGGAGCUCCACUAAAUCCAAAGCAGAGGACAUGCAGGCAUCAGAAGAGGAGACCCAGCAGAUGAGACUGGAACAAGAGAGAAUACAGGCCAAGACGCGGGAACUCCGUGAGAAGCAGGCAAAAGAGAGAGAGUACGCAGAGAUCCAAGAUGUCGUCAGCCGCACCUUCAGCUCAGACGAGGACCACACUUACGCCGGCAUUGGAUCGCUGUGCUCGUCAAUAGACAGCAGCACGAUAGACCCUUACAGCCACCCCUACCAUCUCCCCCAGAGUCCUCUGAGCCCGCAUCCUCCUUCCCUGAACCUUCAAGACAACGGUCCUCCCCUGGAGGCGCUGUACGCCCAGGUCAACAAGCCUCGCAAUGGACGCCCUGCAGCUCCAGACAGCAGUCAGAUGGCGCCUAGUAACCAUGACCGGAUACAGAGACUGAGGAAUGAGUUCCAGCAGGCCAAGCAGGAGGACGACGUAGAGGACCAUCAGCACACCUACAGCUUCAAUCAGUCCUGGGCCAGCAAUGGGACGGAGACAUCAAGUGGACGCCAUUCUGUAACGGUUGAGACUCAGGUCCAGAAACAGCAGCAAGAGGACAGAGAUGAUUUCCCACAAGCACAGAGACAGUACAAUUCCCUGCCACGGCAACCUCGCAAGAACAACAGUGCGGCGUCCCAGGACUCGUGGGACAAGAUGUACGUGCCAGCAGAGGGAUUUCAGCCAUCCAAGGAAAAUCCUCGCUACUCCGGGGGCCAGGGGUCACGUAACGGCUACCUGGGAACACCCAGUAUUAACGCCCGCGUCUUCCUCGAGACCCAGGAGUUGCUGAGGCAGGAGGAAAGGCGUCGAGAGCAGGAGGCCAGCAAAACCAGGCCGCCUCCUGCACAGGAAACCCCCAGCGGCGUCACCUUUGACCAGAACAGAGACAGCACUCAAGCCACUGGCUCUGCCAUAGCUCGGGCCCUCUCAAAACCCAAGGGGCCCUACAGACAGGAUGUGCCCCCAUCACCGUCCCAAAUCGCCAAGCUCAGCAGGCAUCAGAGUUCAGUGAAGGGAAGGCUGUUUUAUUCCUGAGAGGGUGAAAAGGAAGAAUAUGGAUGUCUUUAAGGAGAUGAGGACUGAUCCUAACAAGCAUUUACAGGGAAAAAAAAAACAAAAACAAGAUUUGUGGGAUUUUUUUUAAAAUAAAAAUAUGAGAUAUAAAGAUUUUUAUAGGACUGCUGUUAAAAAUGUUUAUAUUUAAAGAAAGAUUUUUUUAAUUAAGAACCGUGAUCCUUUUUAAGCUGUUUUAUAGUCCAGCAUUGUGAUCAUUCAUACCUUGUAUGUUUAUCCUUUAAGUGCCUUUAAAGUCAUUUGAUUGUUUGGUGUUUUUGACUCGUGAUCUGCUGUUUUGACCCAUCUAACACACCCGGAAAAAACUGCCAUCACAACAGAGGACUGGUUGAGGGGAUCUCAGCAGCGCUGCACCUAAACAGUCGUAACCUAAUGGGCAAGUCUCAGUCCAGACAUGCUUUUUCUACCACGCAUCUGCUAGCAGGGACCUCAGUCGAUACCACGCUUGUGUGAAUGAGGCUUAUUUUUGAUGUUCAUGGCGACUUUAACUGUGUGUGUGUGUAGGUGUGUGUGUGUGUGUGUUUGAGAGAGAGAGGGUGACAGAGUGCUGGCAGGAGCUGACAUGUAGUGGGAGAGUGUGGAGGUUAAAAAGCUUGUGUGAACUGUGGAGUCAGAGCUUGGGUUUUGGGCAUGAGCACCCAUCCCCCUCACUUCAGGGAAAUGUCCCUUUUGGUUUCAGAUACAGGACUUACUCAAAGUCUGUAUCCUCUUUCCAACCCCCUCUUGUAUUCAGUAUGAUAAUCCUAAAUUCUCUCUUCCCUUCUGCUGGCUGCUUUAUCAGUCCCCCCUCCCCCUCUCUCUCACAUUGUCGCCAUCAAUAUACAGCACUCUCAGUGGAGGAAAACGGCUUUAGAUCUUCUUUAUUUCUGCUCCGCUCCACCCACUCAGGGAAUCCAGCAGUACAAAUGGGGUCAGGUCUGGGUUAUUAAUUAAUGUACGUCAUUAAAAAUAAAUGCACACCUUCGUUUGUGUUUGUUCUCACGUACGGUGAGGAGAUAAAAAAUGGCAACCUUGCCAGCGUGCCGCUUGGCCCCUGGCCUCGCCUGGACUGAUUUGGCCGUAACCGAAGCCUGCUGGCCUUUAGGUGUCUGAGCUGUUCUUCGCUGAAUAUUUCAUCAGGGCAGUUACAUGGGAAACUGCAUCAGCUCUGCUGUGGGUGGCCUUGGUGUAGUGCUGCUUAUCCAUGGGGCAGAUACAAUGGAGCUGAUUUUGUUUACCUUCAUGAUUAUUUCCAUUAUUUCCAAACAAGAAUUCACUCUUCUGGAAUAGAGGACCUGAUUUGCUAUGUGAGGCCGAUUUUCUUUUCUUAAGGAGAAAAGUGCAGAUUACAUUUGAGUUACAGUUUAGAUUUAGAUCAGGUUAGGAAAAAUGACUUGGAUAUAUGUUUAUAUGCACUAAAAAAACAGGUUAUGCUUUCAACUUGAAACUGAGGUGUAAAUGUGAUCAGGCUGGUGAUCAGACUUCUCCUUUGCUACAUUACAUUUGGUUUUGUAACUGUUGUGGUGUUACAAUAUGCUGUUUCAUGGUGAAUGUGCUCAACAAGCAGAUCUCCAGCAUUGUCAUAUGACACAUGUAGACCUCUGGUGGUUUCUUUGUGUCAACUUCAGUCACGCUUGGAUGGAUUUAUUUUGAACACCGAGGAUGUAUCUAACAAGCGAACUCCCUGAUUCUCAACUCUGAGGUCAGGCACAUGUAAUAAGAAACCCAGCGAGACAUCUGCAUGACCAAGAAGUCUGUUAAAAGCUAGCUUGACAAAUCAGGUCUCUCUAAUUCCAUGUUCCGGCCAUAGACAAAUCAGCCUACCACAGAAAGCAGACCGAAGCUUUGUUGCUUAGGUGCUUAAAAAAAAAUUGCAUUCGAUAUAAUACACUGACUGGAGUUCUCACAGGAUGAAUUGCACUUUUCUCUUUUGUCCCCUUUGUGAUCAUUCAAAUGAAUUUGCUUCGCUAAACCUCUGUUAUUUCCUGAGCCCCGGGUUAAGCGCCGAGUCUGGGAUUAUACUUCUUUGGGAACACACACACGGACAGCUGCGGCCACCACCGAGGCCUUGUUCUUCCUAUAACGCUGCUUUCUGGUCCGUACAGAGUUCUCUCGGAGGACACUGCAGUGCGCUGGCAGCACAUACAGCAGAUCUCUCCACAAGCACCCUGGCUCACUUAAGUACGCUGAAAAUAUAACAGCAUAAGACUAGAAUUAGGAUUAAGAUAAAACUCCAGGCUACAGUUUCACAGUCGCUGGUGAGAUUAUAGAUUACGGUCCUCACAAGCAGCAAAAAAAAAGUAUCCUCACACAUGCAAGGAUAUUGAAAGGAGAGCAUGAGUAAGCUUGUUUCCCUACCAAUUUUUGCAGCGUGCUUGUACGUAGGUGGCCAUGUGGUUAAGUGUCUGUGAAUGCUGCCAGUAAAUAGAUGCUCCAAUAUGUCUCUGAAUAUGUCUUGGCAGCCAUAUGAACCACUCUGCUGCCGAGUGGGAGAAGAGCAGAGGAGUAGGAGGGAGAGAAGAUGGGAGGCCUGACCUUGCAGAUGAUUCAGUCAAUGGAGUAAUCACAACUAUUCCUCUGAGUCCGCACUACAAACGAGAGGUUACUGACGAGGCAGCGCUCACUUUUGCUGUCUCUUCUUCUUAUUCUCCACAUUUAUCUCCUCCUUCUGUCUGUCAGUUUGCAUCUUUCUUUUUUUUUGCCUGGGCAGAAUUGUUGGAUCUGGUUGUGUAGAUGAAAGUGGUGGUUGCUGUUGUUGGUGGUGGUGUGUGUGUGUUUGCAUGGGCGUGAAUGUGUUUAUGUAAAGGAACUUUGACACAGCAGCUGUUUUAACGUGUCCGUGUUUCAUGUCUCAUGAACUGUAGAGGCGCCCGCGAUAUCUAAUGAUUUUAUUCCCUCUCUCCUAUGCAAAUUAGAUGAUAUCCCAUAAUGCACAUUUAUUAUUUGUGUUGUGUAAUUAAUGUUUGUUCUCCAUCUCUGUGACAUAUGGAUAUUUUUUUUUCCCAUAAAGCUAUUAUUUCGGGAGAUUUUUUUUAAAGUCCUGGGAUAAAUGAGAAAGAUAUUGCUAUAUUUUCAUUGUGUUUUUACAGCCUUCCUUUAUUGUGUUUUAUUAUCCACAACAUGGUACUAUGGUAGUGAAAAAAACUGAAAAAAAAUUAUUAAUAUGUAAGCACUGUGCAAUUUUCCUUUAUACAACAGUGUGUCAUUAAGAAAUGUUUCUGCUGUUCUCUGUACAUACAAUAUGAACCAUUUUUUCA